GGUUUACGAUCCCCCCUCACCGAGAUCUUUCUAAUUUGGCGUCUCUGUUAUCAUUGCCCUUUCCUCCAAGCAAACACAACACACACGCAUACAUCUUUCUCCCGCUACCGAUCGCACCAACAAUCAUCAUCAUAAUCAUGCCUACAGUGAGUGUCAAGUGGCAAAAAGAGCUAUACCCCGCAGUGGAGAUAGAUACAACCCAGCCCCCAUAUGUUUUCAAAUGUCAGCUGUAUGACCUCACAGGGGUACCCCCUGAAAGGCAAAAGAUAAUGGUGAAAGGUGGAAUAUUAAAGGAUGACGCGGAUUGGUCAAAGUUGGGGUUGAAAGAGGGUCAAAAAUUAAUGAUGGUGGGAACUGCUGAUGAGAUUGUGAAGGCUCCAGAGAAGGGUCCCGUUUUUAUGGAAGACCUUCCAGAAGAAGAGCAAGUAGUUGCUGUGGGUCAUUCUGCUGGAUUAUUUAAUCUGGGAAAUACCUGUUACAUGAAUUCCACCAUGCAAUGCCUUCAUUCAGUCCCAGAGCUUAAAUCUGCGUUGAUAGAGUAUCCGCAGUCUGGCAAAAGCAAUGAUCUGGAUCAAUCUUCUCAUCUCUUGACUGUUGCAACACGGGACUUGUUUAGUGAACUUGAUAAAAAUGUCAAGCCAGUUGCACCCAUGCAAUUUUGGAUGGUAUUGCGGAAAAAAUAUCCUCAAUUUGGGCAGCUGCAUAACGGAUCUUUUAUGCAGCAGGAUGCUGAAGAAUGCUGGACACAGAUUCUGUAUACUCUUUCACAGGCCCUUAGAUCUCCAAGUACAAGUGCCAAUGUUGAUACAGUGAAAGAACUUUUCGGCAUUGACCUUGUCAGCAGGGUGCACUGUGCGGAAAGUGGUGAAGAAAGCAUAGAGACAGAAUCGGUUUAUUCUCUAAAAUGCCAUAUAUCACAGGAGGUGAAUCAUUUGCAUGAGGGGCUGAAGCAUGGUCUGAAAUCAGAGCUAGAAAAGGCUUCUCCUUCUUUGGGACGCAGUGCGGUUUACUUGAAAGAUUCACACAUCAAUGGAUUGCCAAAGUACUUGACUAUUCAGUUUGUCCGAUUUUUCUGGAAGCGGGAAUCUAAUCAAAAAGCAAAGAUUUUGAGGAAAGUGGAUUAUCCAUUGGAGCUGGAUAUUUUUGAUCUUUGUUCAGAUGAUCUUCGCAAAAAGCUGGAAACUCCUCGUCAGAUGUUAAGAGAUGAGGACGGUAGAAAGGCUGGUUUGAAACUCAAAGAAAAGAGCUCUGCUUCAGUGGACAUUGAUGUUAAGAUGUCUGAUGCAGAGGGACCAUCAAAUGCAAGCGGGGAAUCGUCUAAAACUACUUUGGGAGAAGGUUCUGAUAAGAAUGUCCAGUUGACCGGAGUGUAUGAUUUGGUGGCGGUGCUGACUCAUAAAGGCAGAAGUGCAGAUUCAGGUCAUUAUGUUGCAUGGGUCAAGCAAGAAAAUGGGAAAUGGAUCCAAUUUGACGAUGAUAAUCCAAUCCCACAAAGGGAAGAAGAUAUAACAAAACUUUCUGGAGGAGGCGAUUGGCAUAUGGCUUACAUUUGCAUGUACAAGGCGCGCACCCUUCCCAUGUGAUAUUAUAAUUGUGUAAUUUGAUAAUUGGAUUUGUGAUUUAAUUUACAUCAAACUUAGAACAUGGAGUGAGGAACAACCAUUUCCAUUUCGAUUUCAACAACUGUACCUGUUUGAUAAUGUGCUUUCAACUUUUCUUUAGUUAGUAAAAUUACAGAGAAUUCUUUUUUUUUUUAA